AUGGAACGGCAUCUAGCUGAGGCUUUGGAGCAGGCAGAUGAUAUUAUUGAGACUGUCCAGCGUGAGCCUCCUCCAGCUAGACCCUCAUCCACCGGGGAAAAAUCUCUUCAAGAAAAACUGUAUGACAUUUAUGUCGAAGAGUGUGGAAAAGACCCCGAGGUGGAGGGCCUUCAAAGCAAUGUCAACUUGCUAGAGAAGCUUCUGAGAAGGGAGGCGUUGCCAUGUUUAGUGGUCAACCUGUACCCAGAAAAUCAGGGCUAUUCUCUCAUGCUGAAGGACAAAGAUGGAAUCCUUAUUGAGCCCUUUCCAGUGCCUUAUUUAGGACAGAAACUACUUGAAUACUUGGAUGCUGAAGAGUUACCUUCUUUUCUGAUUGAUGUCCUGGAAAAGUCUCCUGUGAAUGUAUUUCACCGUGGGUGUGUCAUAGCAGAGAUCCGAGACUACCGGCAAUGCAGUGACAUCCAGCCUCCUGGUUACCAAACUCGGCAUAUUCUCUUACGACCCACGAUGCAGACUCUAGUAAGGGAUGUAGAAUCCAUUACAAGUGAUAACCCUCAGUGGACUGAGGAAGAAAAACUUGAGCUUGAAAGCCAACUGAUUUUAGCUACAGCUGAGCCGCUGUGUCUGGAUCCCUCUGUUGCUGUUGCCUGCACCGCCAACAGACUGCUGUUUAAUGAGCAGAAGAUGAUGACAGACCCUAUGAGACAAUGCUUCACGAGUCACGAGUGGUCCUAUCUAGAGCUGGAGGAAGAACAGUAUCUAUGUACAACUCCUCCUGAUGUUUCAACAAUGGCUGCUUGCAGAAAACAAGCAGAACCAAAACCAGGUGACCAAUAUGAUCUGAAGAUUGCUGAAGCAGGAGAGUGUGUGGACACAUGGAAGCAGAGACCCUGUGAACUAGAGGCCCCAGGAGAGGUGGAUGUGCAGAAAUAUGCUAGUGAGAAGCAAGCCGUGCCCUGUGAUGAUGCAGAGUCCACAGCCUGGUCGCCUCCUGAGGUAAAAUAUGAUUAUCCAUUUGAGUGUGACGAGGGCAGUCAGCUGUGGGAGGCACAGCCAAGCACAAGUGCCGCACAGCCCUUUAGUGAGCCGUUUCUCUCUCCUGAAGUAAGGCCACCAACAGAGAGCAGGUGUGAUAGCCAGAUGUAUCUUCCCCUUGUUGCCCCAAGUGAUCAUUCACAAGGUUCUGUAGCUGGGGAAGGGAUCGAGCCUGGGAAGGUAACGAGUGUAGGCCAGGGGUCUAUCCAGAGCACAGCAGAAUGUCUAAGCAAAAUCCUGCAGGGCUCUACUGACUCCAUCCCUCUUGGCCAGCCCUCCCAAGGGAAGAAGGCCACAUCCCAUUCAGUGGUAUCUCCAGGCCUGGAGUCAAGAGUUAACUCCCCAGCUGCACUGCUCACACAGCCCUCCACAUCUGGGCAGGGCUCUUCAACAGUCAGUUCUCCCUCCAUCAGAGGUAGGAAGCUUCCGAGACUUGCUCCUUCUCCCAGAUCAGGUGGCUCAGCUCAGCAAACCUUUUGGGGAGUGGGUGGUGUUAGGACCCCCCCGUCAGCAGCCCGGUCCUCUGCCAGCUCAACAGAAACUUCAGCCACCACCCAGGGCCCCAGCAGCAGCGGCACUGACCAAAAUGCCAUUAAUUUGCUUGGCCUAGCACAGAGAGGCCCUGUUUUGAUGAGUAGCCCAUCCCGGGUGCUGAGCUACCCCACUGGUGCCCCAGCACCUACAGAAACCUCUUCUAGAGGCUUUCUGCCACCUCCUAGAAGUCAGAUGCUUAGUGCCCAGGGCAGAGCACCACAGCGCUCAGUGCAGACAUCUGUGAAAUUAAUUGUGAAAAAUACCUCAGGCCCCGUAACCGUUAGGCUUCCACCUGGCUCUGUCAUUUUGCACCCAGAGUCACAAGCACAGCGGCAGCAGCCAUGGCCUCAGCCACAGCAACCGCAGGGGCGGCCAUGGCUGCAGCCUCAGCAACCGCAGGCACGUCCAUGGUCUCAGCCACAGCAACUGCAGCCACAGCCAUGGCUGCAGCCUCAGCAACCGCAGCCGCGGCCAUGGUCUCAGUCACAGCAACUGCAGCAGCCCCAGCCACGGCAGUAUUUACGGCCAGAGCUGCAGAGGCAGAGGCAGUCAGAGCCUUUGUAUGUAUUGAUUCCAAAACAGCAUCAGCCACCUAGGGCUCCUGCCCCUUCACGGGCAAUGCCACCAGCUUACCCCCAGAGGUCUAGCAUUCAGCAAUGGGCACUGUCAGCUCAGCAAAGUGGUCUCCUUAACCUAGCUGAGCUUGGGAGUGCUCGCCAGCCUCAGGCAACGGUGGUCUGUCAGCUAGGCUCCACCCAGCAGAGUCAUGGGCAUACUCUUCCUGCACAGAGCUUCCAGUACCCUGCUGCCAGGGCGGAACAGCUACAGGCUGCCAGGGCGGAACAGCUACAGGCUGCCAGGGCGGAACAGCUACAGGCUGUCAGGGCAGAACAGUUACAGGCUGCCAGGGCAGAACAGCUACAGGCUGCCAGGGUAGAACAGCUACAGGCUGCCAGGGUAGAACAGCUACAGGCUGCCAGGGUAGAACAGCUACAGGCUGCCAGGGUAGAACAGCUACAGGCUGCCAGGGUAGAACAGCUACAGGCUGCCAGGGUGGAACAGCUACAGGCUAGAGGCCAGAAUGUGCAGCUGAGAUUCAUGCCACGUAGAGUGGCUUUGCCCAGAGCAGUCCUUCAGCAUAGUCUUCGGGGACACCCAGGUGGCCAAUACAGAGGUACAGGGAGGGGAGGGCCACCACCUGCUCCAGAGCCUUAA